UAAGCUUUAAAAGGUUAUUUGCAGAGUUCAGCCUUUUUGAGUGUACGCGUUUUCAAACCCAAAACAAAUAUUUUUUUUUUAAGAAAAGGAGAGGAAAAAUCAUCUGAAUUCUGAAGUGUAAAUUGAUCUUAUCGUGUUGUAUUCAGCGUCUGACUCAGCGGCGUCUUCUCUUUCAACUCAGUGAAACAUUUCUGGGUUCCUUUUUUGGGUUAAGCUUUGAUCAAAAGAAGAAGAAUAAAAAGGAAGACGAUGAUCAUGGACAAGAACUGGAAGUUUAUAAGAUUAAAACAAGGUUUCGGAGUUGGUGUCUUGCUGUUUUUGUUAUGUCAAACUUUGGUUUGUUGGUCAUUGAAUGAAGAAGGAUUGGCGUUGUUAAGGUUAAAAGAUAGAGUUGUGAAUGAUCCUUUUUGUUCAUUGUCGAGUUGGAAAGAAGAAGAUGGAGAGUUUGACCAUUGUUCUUGGUUUGGUGUCGAGUGUUCUGAUGGCAAAGUUGUUGUUUUGAACUUGAAGGAUCUUUGUCUUGAAGGAACAUUGGCACCUGAACUUGGAUCUCUUGCUCAUAUUAAGUCCAUUAUUUUGCGGAACAACUCUUUUACUGGAAUUAUCCCCCAAGGCAUCGGAGGACUCGACGAACUAGAGGUGUUGGACUUGGGAUACAAUAACUUCAGUGAACCGAUUCCGCCCGAACUUGGAAACAAUUUGUCACUGACGAUCCUUUUACUGGACAAUAAUGAGCUCCUCAAUAGUUUAUCUCCUGAGAUUUAUCAACUUCAGAAGCUUUCAGAAACUCAAGUGGAUGAAAACCGACUAUCUAAGGCUGCUAAAUUAUCUUGCAAGCAAAAUAUCAAUACAUGGAACGUUGGCCAAUCUGAAGAUGCAAUGCGAAGGAGACUGCUUCAAGCAAGGCCACCCUCUAUAAACUUCAACAACAUAUCUCUGUCUUCUCGUCCUUCACCUCGAGUUCCUACUCCUGUAUCCGCUGAACCUUCCAGCAAUCCUACAUUCAGAAGAGAUGCUCAGGUUAACCGAUUGUCCUCUCCGACUGCUUCUCCGUCUCCGUCUCCGUCUCCGUCAAUCCCAAAUGCUUUGGCUCCAUCACCUUCAGGAAACAAUCCUAUUAAUUCGGGUUCAGAUCAUCGACCCGCAAUACUGGCUGGAGCCAUAGGGGGUGGUGUAUUCCUUCUAAUAUUAAUAGUCAUUGCCUAUCUCUUUAAAACUUCUAAGUUAUCUGCUGUGAAACCUUGGUCUACCGGGCUAAGCGGACAGCUUCAGAAAGCAUUUGUAACCGGUGUACCAAAGCUGAAGAGAUCAGAGCUGGAAGCAGCCUGCGAAGAUUUCAGCAAUGUGAUUAGUUCUUCAACAGUUGGCACUGUGUACAAAGGGACACUGUCUAGUGGGAUUGAAAUAUCCGUGGCCUACAUCCCUGUGAAAUUUGCCAAAGAUUGGUCAAAGAAUUUAGAAGCACAGUUCAGAAACAAGAUUGAAACAUUAUCAAAGGUGAACCAUAAAAAUUUCGUCAACCUAGUUGGAUAUUGUGAGGAAGGCGAGCCUUUUACGAGGAUGAUGGUUUUUGAAUAUGCUCCGAAUGGAACACUUUUUGAGCAUUUACACAUUAAAGAAUCCGAGCACUUGGAUUGGACGACCAGGUUAAGAAUUAUGGUGGGCAUCGCUUCCUGCCUAGAGCAUAUGCACCAGCUGAACCCUCCCAUACCGCAUACCAAUUUGUCGUCAGCUGCAGUCAAUCUAACCGAAGACUACGCGGCCAAAGUCUAUGAUCCGUUCUCCUGGAACGAGAUAACUGCAGCUGAGAGUGAAACUGAUAGAAAAUACCAUUUGGAUACACCAUCAUUAUCAAGGCCAGAAAGUAAUGUUUAUAGCUUUGGGGUAUUAUUAUUCGAAAUCUUAACCGGAAGGAUGCCUUACUUGGUGGAUGACAAUGGUUCGCUCUACGACUGGGCAUCGGACUAUUUAAGAAGGGAUCAACCACUCAUGCAGAUGGUUGAUCCAACUCUAAGCUCUUUCGAUGCAGAUCAAGUUGAGAAAAUCGGAGAGGUGAUCAAAUCUUGUGUCCACCCUGAACCUCAACAAAGACCAGAUAUGAGAGAAGUCGGUGCAAGAUUGAGAGAGAUCACUGCAAUUACACCUGAAGGUGCAAUCCCGAAAGUUUCUCCUCUUUGGUGGGCGGAGCUGGAGAUUAUGUCCACAGAAGCAAGCUAGGGGAUGAAGUUGAAGUUAUAAGAAUGAAACUUUGAUGUUUUUAUAUAUCUUAUAUAGGUGAAAAGGCAAAACGAAGGUUGCACGUAUUUAGUUUAGGUGAAUUGAAAAUCUGUUGUAUAUACAUACACACACUCUGAUGCAGUGAUACAUACAUACAUACAUAUAUAUACACUCAAGAAAGAGAGGAAAUCCAGGAAAAUCUUCGUUCUGCAUUUCAGCGUGAAAAUACGCAAAUGGAAAAGAAAAAGCAUAAUUUGCAAGCCUAUUGGUCUCUAUUUGUUCUGAUUUGUUCAUUGUUAGCUUUAAUUUUAUUUUCUAUUUCAAUUUUGAA